AUGAAAAUGUUGAGUUCGCGCCAAGCUCACCUAGAGCGCCGGAUUGUAGGCUCAACAAAUCGGUGGCGGUUCCCCAAGCGGCCUUUCUCUGGGGACCUGCUGGCACUUUCCCAGAUGUGCAAGACUUUGAGCAUAGACUUUGAUGAAGCUCUGAAGAACCCAGACAGGUUAAGCGUGUCAAAAAUUCAGCAAUUUUUCUCUGAGAAUUUCAAGAACAAGGCUACCCAAAGUGGGGAGGCAGAUGUGAUUCUCGAAUGCCUAGGCUUCAAAUGGGAACUCCAUCAGCCCCAGCUUUUCCAGUCUGAAACCUUGGCCAAGCUUUACUUGGCAGCCUUGAUGCAAAGAACUCAGAGUCCCACGAGAGAACUGGGUAAGACUGUGCAAGAUCACUCACCUGGGAAGAUCAAAGAAAGGCCCUCUGUAAAGAAGAUAAUUAUUUCCUUGAAGGUCAAUGAUCCAGCAGUCAGCAGAGUUGCAUUUGCCCUGGCCCUGAAGAACCUCUACAUGAAUGAGGUGGAAGUGAAAGUGGACGACAUGCUAGGGGUGCUGGCUUCCGCUCACAUCCUCCAGUUCAGCCACCUGUUUCAAAGAUGUGUGAUAAUGAUGAUGAAUGGACUCACACCGAGCACCAUCAAGAACUUCUACCUGGCUGGCUGCAAGUACAAGGAAGAGCAGCUUACCACUGCCUGUGAGAAGUGGCUGGAAAUGAACUUGGUCCCUCUGAUGGGGACGCAGAUCCACCUCCGGCAAAUCCCUCAGGAUCUGCUCCACAAGGUGCUGAGGUCCCCCAGUUUGUUUACCUUCAGUGAGUUCCAUCUUCUGAAAACCUUACUUUUGUGGGUCUACUUGCAACUCAAUACCAAGCUUCAGGUGAUUCCCAUCCACGAGACCAUGCUGGCAUUUUUCAAGAGUUUCCCCAAGAAAUGCUGCUUUCUGGACCGGGACAUAGGACAGAGCUGGACUCCACUCUUCCUUUGCCUGCGUCUGCACGGCAUCACUAGCGGUAAGGAUCUGGAGGAAUUAAGGCACAUUAACUUCUUCCCCGAGUCCUGGCUGGUCCGGGUGACAGCCAACCACUACCAUGCACUGGAGAGCGGGGGCGACAUGGUCCACCUGAAAGACCUUACCACCCAGGCUGUGAGAUUUGGACUUCUCUUUACCCAGGAGUCUACCACUUGUUCAAAAAUAAUUUCUAUAUAUGGAUUCUUCUUUGAGAUAAGGGGAAAUAAACAUGGCACUACCUCUUACAGUUUUUCCAUGCAGAGAAUAAGACACACAGAUUUGGAGUGCCCCUCUAUGGUCUGUGAGCACAGUGCCAUCAGCCUGAGAGCAGAGCGCCUGAUGAAAUACGAAAUCAGAGCCCAGACCCUGGUGGACGGCAGGUGGCAGGAAUUCAGGACAAACCAGAUCACACAGAAGUUCGGGCUCCUCAGGCCAUGCUGCAAAAGCCAUGCCUUGAAAAUCCAAACUGUGGGCACCCCAAUCUAUGUAAGUUUUGCUUUCAUCUUUCCAGUAUCUUGA